GUAUGCUACAAGACCAUACGAUCAGAUGUAAAGAUUUGUACUGUUGGACUGUCAAACCCAUAGACUGCCGAGGGCUGCAGCAUCAUGAUGGAACUCUUUGAGACCAAUGCGUAUUUCUUCAAUGACCUGCGCUUUCUCGGUGGCGAUAACGGACCCCUGCCACCCCUGGAAGUAUCAGCAGCAGACUCUCCUUUGUACAAGGAGAAUGACAGCCCUUUGUCAGCUGGCCAGGAUCAGGUUCCUUCCGAGGCUGGAUGUGACAGCAGUGGAGAAGAGCAUGUCCUGGCUCCCCCGGGUCUCCAGCAACACUGCGCCGGACAGUGUCUCAUCUGGGCCUGUAAGGUCUGUAAGAGGAAGUCCGCCCCAACGGACAGACGCAAAGCGGCCACUCUGCGAGAGAGACGGCGGCUCAAGAAGAUCAACGAGGCCUUCGAGGUCUUAAAGAAGAAGACUGUGCCCAACCCGAGCCAGCGCCUGCCCAAAGUGGAGAUCUUACGCAGUGCUAUUAAUUACAUUGAGAAACUGCAGGACCUGCUGCAUUCGUUGGAUGAGCAAGAGCGAAUAGUGGAAAAUGAUCCAUUACACUGUAGCGUGAAAGACCAGCACAUGCCAGACACGGGACAUUUUGGAGAAAAGACCUAUCAUAGUUGGAAGAACAUUUCUGAUCAUUCCAGUGUACCUAUGAUGAGUCAAAGGGAAGGUGUCACGGAGUCUUCUGCUUCCAGCAGCCUCCGUCGCCUAUCUUCAAUUGUCGACAGUAUUUCAAACGAAGAGCCUACGGCAAAUUACAGCGACGAAGCCUCGCGAAAUUAGAACAGCUGUAGACUCUGUCCGUGGGCAACAAGAGGCCU